CCCCUUCCUCCUCCUCCUCCUCCGUCCGCCUCCCCUUGGCGGCGGUGGCGGUUCGGCAAUGCAGCAGCAAUUCUCCCUGGCUGACUGCGACGUGAUGGGCUUCGACCUGGACCACACGCUCUGCCGGUACCACCUCCCGCAGAGCGCACGGCUAAUAUAUGAUAGUUUUGCACAGUAUCUGGUAACAGAGAAGGGUUAUGACAAAGACUUGCUGAUCCUAGCUCCAGACAACUUGGACUUCUGUUGCAAAGGCUUGGUGUUGGACAUUGAAGAAGGAAACUUCCUGAAACUUGCAGAAGAUGGAACAGUUUUAAGGGCAAGCCAUGGUACAAAGACCCUGACAUCCGAAGAGAUCCUGGAGACUUAUGGAAGGAGGGAGUGGAAGCAUUUUAAUACAGUCAGUGGAAUGGUUUCCCGCUCAGCUAAAUACUAUUUGUAUGAUAAUUAUUUUGACCUGCCAGGAGCUCUCUUGUGUGCAAGGGUUGUGGACACCUUAGAUCAGCAUGAUGGGCAGAGAAAAUAUGACUUCUGGAAAGACAUGGUAGCUGCUAUCCAGCAUAAUUAUAAAAUAUCAGCUUUUAAAGAAGACUGUGGGAUGUAUUUCCCAGAAGUGAAAAAUCAUCCAGACAAAUAUUUACAAAGAUGUCCUGAGUCUGUAAAAAAGUGGCUGAAGCAACUGAAGAGUGCUGGGAAGAUUCUGCUCUUAAUUACUAGUUCUCACAGUGAUUAUUGCAGACUCCUGUGUGAACAUAUUCUUGGGAAUGACUUUGAAGAGUAUUUUGAUGUUGUGAUCACAAACGCUUUAAAACCUGGAUUCUUCUCCCAUACCCCAAACCAAAGACCUUUCCGAACUCUGGAGAAUGAUGAGGAGCAGGAGGCUCUGCUAUCACUGGACAAGCCUGGCUGGUAUUCCCAAGGUAAUGCUAUCCAGCUUUAUGAACUACUGAAGAAGAUGACUGGCAAGUUGGAUCCUAAGGUUGUUUAUUUUGGUGACAGCAUGCACUCAGAUAUUUUCCCAGCACGUCACUAUAGCAACUGGGAAACUGUCUUUAUCUUAGAGGAGCUUCUAGGGGACAAAGUUUUGGUGCCUGCAGAGGCUGAAGCUGAGCCCUUGGAGAAGAAAGGAAAAUAUGAGGAAGAUCAGCCCAAAGCUCCUUACUUUGUAUCUAAGCAGUGGGGAUCUUUCUUUGUGGACAGAUUGCCAGCUCUAGAAAGUGCAGAGGAAACCUUAGUUCACACGUGGUCCUGUCGGUGUAUUAGCACCUACAGCACUAUUGCAAUCCCAAGUCUCGAAGCAAUAGCAGAUUUACCACUGGAUUAUAGAUUUACACGAUUUUCCUCAAAUAGCUCAGCAACUGCCGGGUACUACCCCAGCCCUCCAAGAGCACUUCUGCCAAAUGAGGAGUCAGUGACUAUGAAAUAGGUUGUUGGCUUUUUCCCCUUAAAUAACCCUCUGGUCCUUACUUAAACUGCUUUCAAAUGCUAAUUGGUGAAAAUGCUGUGUGAUGCUUCAUAAAAUAGAGUGAUGGAUUAAAGCAGACUCCUGUGCAGACUUGUGUUUCACUUGUUGCUCUAAUCCAGCUGGAACAGGUGAGCAAUGCAUCCUUCUCUCUAAAUCUGCUGACCACCACUGUGCUUUGCAAAGUGUUGAGUGGCUUCUUCCAUGCACUGCACAAAGCCUUUAAGAGAAAUGUAGUAGUAAUAACACAUCCCAAGUUAUAUUCCACAUUUUCAAGGAUGUUUUUGGUGCUAUUCCUAUGAAAGGUGAUGCUGUUGCUACCAUAAACCCUGGGAAAGCCAUGAACCUGACCCUCAGUUAUAUUUCAUUAAGAGUUCCCUUGGACAGCCCAGGUUAUCAGCUUAGAUCAGUGUUUUGCAUGCUCUGAGGAAUGUAUUCUCUCCUGUAACUGUUCUGGUUGAUACAGAAAGACUGAAGCCUAAAGAGAAAGAUUCAUCAUACCCAAAAAGAGACUUGGAUGGGAUUUAGGCACCUAAAUGCAGACUGAUAGUCCUGAAAGCCUUUGUCAUGUGCUUCAUAUUCCUGAAAGUGCCUAACCACUAUUCAACAGUGAGCUUCCCCACAUGCCUUCUCCUCAUUUAGUCUUCAAUACCUCAAGAGUCAGAGCAGCUCUGCAGAAGAAGGGAAACCUGAAUUCUCCACCUCUCUGGGAAAUUCUUCCAUGAGUAGGAAGGAUAUAGCACCCAGCUAUCCAGAGCCUGUCUUCACCAAGUACAGCCUCAGGCCAGAGGAGAAGGAAGACUGAAGAGAGAAACUGAAUGUGUGCUUUCUUAUCUGCUAGCUUAAACAAAGGGGCAUCCUCUUACCUGUGGACUCGGUUCCAAAGACCCAUUCUCCAACCCCUUCUCCAGGGAGCCUUUGGUUCAGAUGCAAAAACAUGUCAAAGAUGCUUCUUUAGCCUGCAGUUUUGUCUCACUAGGGUGGCAGAAUUUUGGAUAAAUUUCCCUCAAAGUUUAAAGAACAAUAAACACCAACUGUAUUUUCUUGUUUUCAAAAGGAGUUUACUUCCUUAGGCCUAGGCAGUUAUCAGAAUGCAUUUAACUUGUGUUAACACAUUUCCAUCAUAGCCUUGGAAUCACUAUGAUUGGAAAAGUCCUUCAAGAUCAUUGAGUCAGCCAUUCUCUAACUCUACCAUGUCUGGUGCUAAAUCAUGUCCCCCAGCACCACAGCUCACCCCUUAUUUUUGCAGCUUCACCAUCUAAAGUAUUUUGUGUCAGAAUCAGACACAAGCACCAUUCCACCUCACUUCAGGGCUAGUGACUUUUGUUUCCAUACUUCUUUCCCUGCCUUUACAUAGGGUGCUAUUUUUACACUGUGGUCCAGUACACUUACAAGUUAAUACUCAACACUUCCAAUUUAACAUGAGGGAUUGUGGAGUUUUGAAAGGGAAACACAAAACACAUGAGGGGGAAAAAACUAUUGAGGAUAGCUUUUCCUUAAACCAAAGUGGAUGAGGAAGGAAGAUGCAAGUUCCAUUCUCCUCCUCAUAAACUAUAGGCUGAAAAAUAUUCAGCCUCAGAAGGUAACAAUGUGACACUCAAGUUUAUUUUGAGAUUGUUUUUUAAUUAGCAUCAAUGUCUUGAGCAGCAAAUCUGGCUCAUGAUAAGGCUAUGAUGUGUCUUAUGCAGAGAGAUGCCCAGAUUAAAAUCUCAGAUCCCUGAUUACAGCAUCAUUUGAAACUGUAACCUGGGUCAAGUAAUCCUCUGCAAAUAAUUUCUAACUAGGCCAUGGUCCAGACCAAGAUUGUGCACCCUCAGGCUUUGACUGGUCUGAAUUUUUGUAGGUAACUGAUUUUUGUAGGUAGAGGAUUA